GCCUACAGUAACCACGGACCAAGACACGUGAAGGUCGGUGAUUCUGUGCUGUGGAGGAAAUUGCAUGAGUAUACUGUAAUUGUACUUACCUAAUAGUAGGGACGCUGUGGGUAAAUGGAUAGCCAAGGCGUCACAGCAGAUCCCCAGCUCCAACAGUUUAUUGAAGUGGAAUCACAAAAGCAGAGGUUUCAACAGCUUGUACAUCAGAUGACCGAAGUCUGCUGGGAGAAAUGCAUGGAAAAGCCUGGCCCAAAGUUGGAUUCCAGGACAGAAGCAUGCUUUGUGAACUGCGUUGAACGCUUCAUUGACACAAGCCAGUUCAUUUUGAACAGGCUGGAGCAGACCCAAAGGAGUCGUGGUUCCUUCUCCGAGACCAUGUCUGACUAGCUGUAGCUUGACCAUAGGCUAGACAGCCAGCCAACCAGACAGACAGAACUCUGCCUAACACUGAACUGUGGGCAGAUGGGUACCGGCCAGGUUGUGCAAUGCGAACUGAGAAGGGCCGUGCAGAAAGCAAAAGGGAAGAUGUUCUACAGUGCCUCAGCAGCUGUUCUUUGUGCCAUUUUACUAGAACCUUUGAUCCUGAUUUCCACCUCAGUUCCACCCUUCUAUGCAGGCCCUGUUGAUGUGUUAUUGCAGUAUCCCUGUUUGUGGAGAAAACCCUGCAGUUGCCUUUCAGAAGUGAGUCAGCACAGAGGUGAUGCCACUGAGCGUGUAACAGGAGCUCCCUUCACCUACAGCAUUGCAGAUCUGAUUAGCUGAUGAUGAUUCGCCUGAUGAGGAGCACUCCAACAACAAGAGCAAAUCGUUGCAGCACAACUCUGCAAAACAGGGGCACAACAACCCAAGCUAUCCAACUACGGAAAUCCAAGUACUAUUGACAGAAAACAGUAUUUAUUCAAUUGUAUUUGUAUUGCAAACUGAAAAAUCCAUUAAAGUGAAA